UCCUGGGAUCCGCGCUGGCUCUGCCGCAGCCUUAGCUGCGUGCGGGCCAUGGAGCACCGCAUCGUGGGGCCCGGGCCUUACCGGGCCACCAAGCUGUGGAAUGAAACAGUGGAGCUUUUUCGUUCUAGGAUGCCGCUACGGAAACAUCGUUGUCGUUUUAAGAGUUAUGAACAUUGUUUCACAGCCACAGAAGCUGUGGAUUGGCUGCAUGAGCUGCUUAGGUGCAGUCAAAAUUUUGGUCCUGAAGUGACUCGUAAGCAAACAGUCCAGCUGCUAAAAAAAUUCCUGAAGAAUCAUGUUAUUGAAGACAUUAAGGGAAAAUGGGGUCAGGAAGAUUUUGAAGAUAACCGUCACUUAUACAGAUUUCCUCCUUCUUCACCCCUGAAACCAUAUCCAAAGAAGCCCCUAUACCAAAAGAAUGUGAUUAAGUUUCCAGAAUGGAAUGAUCCCCCACCAGGCACCUCACAGGAGAACAUCCCAGUGAGGCCAGUUGUGCUGAAUUCUGAGAUGUGGUUCAAGCGUCACAGUAUUGCUAUUGGAGAGGUGCCUGCCUGCCGUCUUGUCCACCGCAGACAGCUGACAGAGGCCAACGUAGAAGAGAUAUGGAAGUCGAUGACGUUAUCAUAUUUACAGAAAAUCCUUGGCCUGGACUCCUUAGAAGAGAUUUUAGACAUCAAAUUUGUCAACUCCAAGUUCAUUGUCCAUAAUGUAUACAGUGUCAGCAAGCAGGGAGUGGUUAUCUUGGAUGACAAGUCAAAAGAACUUCCUCAUUGGGUACUGUCAGCUAUGAAGUGUUUGGCAAAUUGGCCCAACUGUUCAGAUCUGAAGCAGCCUAUGUACUUGGGAUUUGAAAAAGAUGUAUUUAAAACUAUAGCAGAUUAUUAUGGUCAUUUGAAAGAGCCACUGCUUACAUUUCAUCUUUUUGAUGCUUUUGUCAGUGUAUUAGGUUUGUUACAGAAAGAGAAAAUGGCAGUUGAAGCCUUUCAGAUUUGUUGCCUCCUCCUGCCUCCUGAAAACAGGAGAAAGCUACAGCUGUUGAUGAGAAUGAUGGCAAGGAUCUGCUUGAACAAAGAGAUGCCACCACUGUGUGACGGCCUUGGGACCCGGACACUGAUGGUUCAGACAUUUUCGCGCUGCAUCUUAUGUUCCAAGGAUGAAGUAGACUUGGAUGAGUUAUUGGCUGCUAGGUUGGUGACUUUUCUGAUGGACAAUUACCAGGAGAUUCUGAAAGUACCUUCAGCCUUGCAGACCUCUAUAGAGGAGCGUGUGGCUCAUCUACGAAGAGUCCAGAUAAAAUACCCAGGCGCUGAUAUGGAUAUCACUUUAUCUGCUCCUUCAUUUUGUCGUCAAAUUAGUCCUGAGGAAUUUGAAUACCAAAGAGCUUACGGCUCUCAGGAGCCCCUGGCAGCUUUAUUGGAGGAAGUCAUAAGUGAUGCCAAACUCUCCAGCAAAGAGAAGAAAAAAAAACUGAAGCAGUUUCAGAAAUCCUAUCCUGAAGUCUACCAAGAACGAUUUCCUACGCCAGAAAGUGAGGCACUUCUAUUUCCUGAAAAACCCAAACCGAAACCACAGCUGCUUAUGUGGGCACUGAAAAAGCCUUUCCAGCCAUUUCAAAGAACGAGAAGUUUUCGAAUGUGAUGCUUCUGCAGGGACACUGCUUAGAGACUCUCUGGUGGUUGUUUUGAAUGGUAGUAGAAGAAAGAAGAGCGUAACUUACAGACUACAGAAGUGUACAUACAGAUUACUUGACUUAAAAUGUGAGCCACUGUCAGUAUUUUUAUAAAAUUCAUGCUAUUUUUAAAGUUGUACAAAUUAAUAAAAGAUUAUGAAUCAAAUAUAUAGACUUGAAAUUGUUACAGAAUCUAAGGGUAAAAUAUUUUUAUCUUUUUAUGGUUUGUCAUGAUGUUUGUAAAAUAAUUGUGUGUACAUUCUGGUUACUGAUAUCUUUGUGAUAACCAGGUCUAGAACGGUGUAUAUACUUGAAUUCAAGAGACACUGGGUACUGUUACUGUGAUGCUAUUGAGCCCGUUGUGAUUUCUGCUAUGUAAAUUCCACUUUUCAUUGCUGUACAAAAAUUCUUAAUGUCCUAUAUUUUGAUGACUCAGUUUUUUAUUGCAGAGUUGUUGAUUGCUCCUACAGAUUUUAUUAAAACUGGGUCUUUUAUAACAUAUGUAUUAGUGGGCUUUACCUAAAAGUGGAAUAGGUUUUCAUCUGCCAGCAAUAGUAUAAUUUCAAAAUUAUCUAAAGUAGUAAGAUUGAAUUGGACAAACUCUUUGGGCACCCUUAGACCUGUAAUUCUAAAUCAAACCUUUUUAUACAGUUUCUUUCACAAAUGUUUUUGUGAAAAACAUAAAUGGGUUAAGUAAAAUUAGACUACUUCUUUGAUGAAUAUAUUUUUCUCAACUUCUUUGUCCUUUGGAAUAUAAAUAAA